AUUAUUAUAGUAUCCAUACAAUUGGCUAUUAUAAAUAGCAUGUAGAUUCUUGGCAUUAGGCGCACACAAAUGAAGCCGGCCGCCUAGCUUGAAACAAACGUACUAUAACUCACUCUUUUCUUAGUUUCUUCUAGCUUUCCGGAGCUGAUAAAUUUGCCAUGGCGGCUAAGCUCCAACUCCGCCACUUCUCACUUGUUGUGCUCAUUAUUGUCUCCGCUCUCCCCCGUCCCAACUUCGCUGACGAUCAUUUGUCGGAGAUUUUCUACUGCCCGACAUGCCCGAAGGCGCUUUCCAUCAUCAAAGCCGCCGUCGUCAAAGCCGUGAAGUCGGAGGCUCGGAUGGGAGCAUCUUUGCUUCGCCUCCAUUUCCAUGACUGCUUCGUCAAUGGAUGUGACGCUUCAAUAUUACUAGACGAUACGCCAAAUUUCCCCGGAGAGCAAACGGCGGUGCCGAAUAACAACUCAAUUAGAGGUCUGAACGUUAUAGACGAUAUUAAAGCUGAGCUGGAGAAAGCUUGCCCUAAUACUGUUUCUUGUGCUGAUAUUGUUGCCGUUGCAGCCAGAGAUGGCGUUGUUGCUCUAGGGGGGCCUACCUGGAAUGUUUCACUAGGCAGAAGGGACUCAACGACGGCAAGUCAAGCAGCUGCUAAUCGCGAUGUUCCUGCACCGACACUUUCUCUCAAUCAGCUCCAAUCUCUCUUCUCCAGAAAGGGCUUUACCGCCAGGGAGUUGGUUGUACUCUCAGGAGGUCACACGAUAGGAAAGGCGAGGUGCACCACAUUUCGCAACCGGAUCUACAACGACAAAGACAUCAACGCCGCAUUCGCAACAUCGUUACAAGCGAAAUGCCCCAAGAGUGGAGGUGACAACAACGUCGUCCAAAUGGACCCCACCCCCACCUCAUUUGACACGGCUUACUUCACGGAUUUGCAGAGCCAGAAGGGGCUGUUCCACUCUGACCAGCAGCUGUUUCACGGCGGAGCCACCGACUCCAUUGUCAACGCUUAUGCCGCGAGUCUGUCAAGCUUCGCCCACGACUUCGCUAAGGCUAUGGUCAAAAUGGGUAAACUCAGUCCACUCACUGGUACUAAGGGUCAGAUCAGAAAGAAUUGUGGAAAAGUCAACUCGUGAUUUUGGAUAAUACGGUCGAUUGAAUUGGGACAUAACCAUUCAUUUCAUAUGUUUAGUGUGCAGCAAGGGAAUAUAUAAACAAAAAAGGGACGGGAUUAGCAUGAAUAUUUGGCAAGAAUCAGCUAAAAUAUAUAGGGGAUUUGGUACCGGUACACCAAACCCUGCUAAUUACAUUUUGUCGCGAGUUAUUUGACAUGAAACGGUCAAUAAAUACGUGUCAAAUCUGUUUCUAUCUCUAUCCCGUUAUUUUUCAGUGUUAUAUUUGUGAUGAAUGAUGUAAAUUAUAAGUAAUUGUGUAAUAAAGCAGUUUCAUCACGGGGAGUAGGUGAUGUGUGUGGGACUAAAAUAAUGUUCCCAUAUUUGCUGUUGUUAUUGAAUAUGUAAUUUGUUGCUGUAUAACUCAAUCAUACUUCUCAUUUGUAUUGAAAUUCUGAAUCUGAAUCAAUGAAUUAAGUUAAUUCCACCGUCAAACCUGGUAUGCAUUUUUAUACUCCCCGUCCUUUAAAACUUUGCCAAGUUUGACCGGCACAUAGAUUAAUAAAGUAAAAACUGUGUGAUUGAGGUUUGUGCAGAAGAGAGAAUUAACUGGAACCACAAAUUCUUUACUUAAAAGGGAAAAUGACAAAGUUAG